UACACAUAUACUUCCUAUUAAUACUACUAUCGUACUGUAAUGCUUCCAGCUGCCCACUUGCACUUCCAGCCUGCCCCGGCCCGCUUAGCGCAGCUCUAUUAUAUCAACAAGACGAGGUUUUACUGUUACAUGUGAUGAACUUGUCGAGAAAGUGGUGUUUCACCUCCAAGCAGCCAAAACCUUUUUCCGACGGUGCGCAUCUAACAAGUAAAGUACAACUCUAGGUUCAGCAAACGCUGUCUAAACCCUUAAUCUUUGAGGACUGAACCUUCACAUAGCGAACAAAUUUGCCUGGUCUUGUCGGCUAAUUUGUACCCGAGGACAUGGAGCAACGCCCGCCGGACGAAACUCCGAAGCGCGCCGAAGAAAAUGUAGCCUUGCCCAUGUGGUUUGGGUCAGCAGGCCCUUCACCGCUAGGAUACAGCAGCGUUGCAUACGAGGCCUUGUUACGUCCAGCGGCGACUGGUGCCCAUGCUCAACGCGAUGCUUCUGGAGCGGCGUUCACACCAGCAGUUCAGCAACCAUCAGCGCUUCUGCACUCAGAGCGCUUCGCUGCAGAGGCUGCCGUGUAUGCGCGCGGCGGAUACAGGGAUUCUCUCGAACCGCACGCGAACAUGCAAGCUGGUGCGGAUGCGGCUGAAGGGUUAAUGCAGACAGCCCACCAGCUGCCGGGGGCGACUCUUCCACCUUCUCCGCUACAGCCGCAAUACCACCACCACUACCAACACCAGCAAGAGGACCUUAACAGGGCAGACCCUGAUGAAGGCCCAGUUGGAGCGGUGGGCAGCCCCGACCCAGAUUCCAUUCCACCCCAACAACCGCAGCUCCUGGGCUCCUGGUGCCUUCCGCCAAGGCGCAACCCAGGUGGCCUAGUUGCUGCUGACCCAGAUGGCACCCUGGUAGGUGGCCCUGACCCAGAUCACCUAGCGGCUCCCAACCCAAAUUGCAUGACCUCAGGGGCCCAGCAGGAACAGCAGCAGCAGCAGCAGCAGCAGCUGCUGGCUGCUUGGCCGCAGCAAGAGGGACAACUACAGCAGAUGUCUGAAUGGAACCGGGAACAGCCGCAGGAGCAGCAAAGCCCAUGGCCUGCUUGGCAGCAGCAGCGGCUUCGACAGCGGCAGCCGUAUUUACUACUUCAGCCGCUGGCAUGGAUGCGACAAGCGCAGCAUCCGCAGCCCCAACCUAUGCAACAUCAGCAGCAGGAGGGCGUUUACCAACCACAGCAACUGCACCACCAGGAACUGCAGCCAGGGCAGGAGUCCCAGCCGCUAUGCCCCAAAGAGCAGGGAGCGCAGCAGCACCUGCAACAGAGCCCCCAGAGGAACUGGCCUGAUGACGUUGACUUCGUCCAUGGUGAUUGUCGUGACCCGUGGGUCACAGCAGCAUCAACUGUGGCCGCUACACCCGUCUCUACUACACCGCCAACGGCGCCACGGAGAUGGGCAGCAGCAGCCAACACCACCGUUCCCAUUCCGCAUCCUCACAAUACAGCAUUUACUAGUGCCCCGCUACCGCAGCCAUUUGAAGCAGCAACACCGCCGACUGCAGCGCCGGUAUCAGCGGCAAUGGCGGUUGCUGCUAUGGCUGCGGCAUCAGCGGCCAUGGGCGCGCCGCCAGCAGCCGCAGCAGCACGCCUGUCACCUAUCUGCUUGGGCCGUACGUCAGCUGGUGCCGUACAUACCGGCGACCCCACAAGUGCAAGUGGCGACGGUGGCGUCAGUGAUGAUGUAGGCGAAAGCGGUGGCAACCGAACCAGCGGUGGACGAGGCUGCGGCCGCCGCCAGAGCGCUCUAGGGGGCCUUAUGGACGCGGGGGGCCGUGAGGAGGUCAGUGGCGGUGGCAGCUGGACUGGCGGCGGCGGCGGCGAUGAUGAUACCGGCGGAGGCGACGAUGGCAGGGAUGACGGCGAUGGCGAGGUUGGCUACCCUGGCGACAACGACGACGUUGACCAGGCAAUGAGCAGCAGCAGCAGCAGUGGCGGUGACGCCGGCGGGUUUCAACGUCGUAGGUACAGGACCGUCGAAAGCGGUGGCGGCGGACAUGUCGCGGGUGACGCAGGCGAACACGUCGUCGACGACGUUGCCGGCGUCCAGGCCGAUGUCGGCGGCGGCGACGGAGGCGAAGGUCGUCAGGGGGCUUGGGAGGCGGAUGCGGGCGAGGGGGGGGCUGACGUGGACGAUGACGCCCGCGACGCGAGCUCCCACCUGGACCUGUUGAGUCGCGCGGGGGUGCUGGCGGCGGUGGAGCGGGAGCUGCUGGGACGGCUGGAGCAUGUGCAGGCCAUACCUGAAGUUCCCAGCCCGGCCUAUGCCACCAAGGCCAGUCUAGACGAGUUGGAGGCGGCCCUGAGUGCCGAGGUGGCCUCCCUGGGGGCACUGCUGAGGCACGCUAUGCAGCAGCAGGGGCAGCCCCUGCAUGGCCAGCAGCAGGGGCAGCUACCGCAGCAGGGGCAAGGGCAGCGGCAGCACGUGCAGCAGCAGGAGUACCCGCAGCAGCAGCAGCCACCGCAGCAGGAGGAAGAAGGACAUGCUCUGUACCGGCACCAGCAGCAGCAGCACCAGCAGCAGCCGGAGCAGGAGCUGCAGGGACCGCAGAACCCGGUGUGGCAGGCCUUGCAGCAGCAGGCUUUUGCGAUGGCAGCAGGGGCGGCAGCACCCGCCGCCUUGGCCCCUCCUGGCCUCUAUCAAGGGGAGCAACAGCAGCAGCAGCAGGAUGACAUGGCGUUAGGACAGGAGCAGGAUAACGACAACGAACGUCUCUCGGGACAGGGCAGCUAUCUAGCCGACGCCGGUGACGCAGAUGCAGACGCAGGGGAAAUCGGUCAAGAGCAGGAGCACAGGAGGAAUGCGGAGGAAGCGGACGCGGGGGAGGAGAAGGGUCAAAGCGGCAGACAGAGCCUCGAGCGUUCGCAGCAGCAGCUGCCGCCUCCGCCCUCCGCUGCACUGCUGGGCUUGUUGGGGAUUGGGGGGGCGGCACCCCCGCCUGCUGCCGCCUCCUCCGCUUCCUCCCACCAGCAGCAGCAGCAACAGCAGCCGCAGCAGCUGGAGCAGCCACGGCGACAGCAGCCGCUCUGGGAGCAGCGGCUACAGCUGCAGCAGGCCAGUGCUGCUGGUACUGCAGUUGCGACAUCUGUCGCAUACGUCACUGCUACUGCUGCCGUUGCUAGCAACGCUGCUACCGACGAAGCUGACAAUGACAUGGGCGAUGCUAUUGCUGGUGAGCAGGAGCUUUCAAAGGGUGUUGCGACGGCAGCAGCAGCAGCAGGAGUCGCUACAGCCGGCGCUACUUCACUCGUCACUGUCGGCGCAAAGCGCCCGCGUGUUCCUGACGACGAAGAGGACGGUACGGCAGGCGAUGGUACUAACGGCGGUUUCUGACGCGAUGGGGCCGCGGGUGAGAGUACGGUCGUCGUCGCCGGAGAACCGCGUAGUAUUGGUUGCGCUGUGAUAUGCGCCGAAGGAUACGCAAGGGGCAGAGGUUAACGUGGCAAGGUCGUAGCAAGGCCGAGAGCAAGCGCUGUAGUGACCCAUGGGUCCUUCCACCGCCAAUGACUACCGCGACCGCCAACCUCAUUCAUGUACAUAGUCGAUUUCUCCUGGCCGCCGCUGGCCUAUGGGGGCUGCAAUGGUCUGAGUGUUCGAUUGUUUCGUUUGGGGUGCAACGGAAGGGAUUUAUGCCGUACAUUGGUUAGAGGCAUCGGAGGCUGGUGACACACGGCAGGGGCUUGGCAGGAUGUUGGCACGAGGUACGCAUGCAACUGCGGAAGUCUACCCUAUAUGGACCACUAGUCCGCACAUCCGUACGGCACUUUAAAUCUGUACGGUGCGAGUACAGGACAUGUGACCUGUACGGCGCGUGUUAGAGAGGGACUGUGCACUGAUGGAAGGGUUUGACCUUCAUUGGGCCGGGCAUGGAAUGCGUUCACUGGACCGGACCUUAUUUCAUGUUUACUGCCGGGCACUUCAUUUGUUGACCUGUGGUAUGCUAUGUCGUGCCACACUAAUAUUACAACGCCAUACACGCCAACCAAGCGCUGCGUAUGUUGCCACUGAAUUACGGGCUAGCGACCGACCGCAUUCUGUGACAGCUUGCGUGACGCUUGACCUGUGCCUUUGUUUCACUUAACUUUGCGCCAAUUGUGCCCUGCGCUUUACGUGACGUGAGUUGCGCCUUACAGUAUGUGAUACCUGACUCUUAACGCCGACUUGGCGUGUGCUGCAUUCAUUGACGCGACUAGCGGCUUAGUCGUCUAACGGCCUAACGGCCCAACGGUCUAACCGCGAUCAACCGGGAACUGCCUACGCAUGCGUUGGAUGUGGAAUCAUGCCAGGCUGCUGCUUGCUGUGGGGGGGGCUCUUAAUUUGAUAUAACUGUAUGAAACGGGUGGAGCGUGUUUGUGUGUGUAUUUGGGGGCUAAACACUAUUAACGAAGCUUACGGCAGAAGUGUGCAUUGGCUGGCAUGUAUGUUGCACAGCAGUCUGCUAUGCUAGCUGAGGCACUGGUUACUUUGGGGUUGUACCGACCGGCUCUACAAGAGGAUAUAGCCGUGUACGAUACCGGCACACCGCAAUAUGUAACGAAACGAACGC